AAAGGAAAGAAAAGAAAAUAGUGAGAGAGAGUGAGAGAGAGAAAGAAAUACAAAAUUUAUUUAUCAUUUUUACAUACAUUAUGGUUAUCACAAGUGAAGCAAUUAGAUCCUUUAAAGUACAAUUACAACAGGCUGUUAUUAUUUGUUCAGAACGCUGUUUGUUUAAUUCUGCUAAAUGGGCUUGUGAAAUACUAGACGGAAUUAAAGAUGAACUACUUGAUACAAAAAUACCAUUUACAAAUAAUGAUGUUCAUUUAAAAGUAGUAUCUACUUAUCACACAGAUUAUGAAUCUUCAUUACCACCGCUUUCAGAAUAUGAAUAUAAUAAAUAUCAAUUUGCAAAAACAUUAUUUCAAAUGAGACAAUUUGAUCGUGUUAGGGAUGUAUUAGGUGAUUCAAAGUCAUCUAAACUGUAUUUCCUAAGGCUUUAUGCAAGAUAUUUGUCUGGUGAAAAGCAUAAAGAAGAAUUAACUCAAGAUAUAUUAAAUUCAAAAGAAGAUAACACAGCUGAAAAUCCAGAAUUAAAUUCUAUAUAUGAGGAACUAUCUGAAGACUAUGAGAAAGAUAAUUUAGACGCUUUUACGUUAUAUCUUUAUGGAAUAGUGUUAAAGAGACGUAAAUCUAGUUUGAAAGCAGCAACAGUGUUAUUAAAAUCAAUUCAGGCUUAUGAAUUUAAUUGGUCUGCUUGGAUGGAGUUGGCAUCUUUAAUAGAAAAUAGAAAAAUGUUUAUAGACAUACAAAAUUUAUUAAAUCGAAAUUUUAGAGGAAGUAUCAUGAAGAACCUCUUUUUCACUAAACUAUGUAUUGAUCUAUAUCAACCUAUUGAACUCUUUAGAACCUUUAUGUCACCUUUACACCGAUAUUUUCCAAAUAGUGCUUAUAUUCUAUCUCAAUGUGCAAUCUUAUUUUACGAUAAUAUGGAAUAUAAUGAAUCUUUAUACUUUUUUGAAGAACUUCGAAGGUUACAUCCUUCACGAUUAGAAGAUAUGGACAUUUAUUCAAAUUUACUUCAUUUAAGAAUGGCUAAAGAUAAAUUAUGUAUACUUGCAUUAGAAUGUGAUAGAAUUGAUAAAUAUACUCCAGAAGCAUGUUGUGUAAAAGCAAAUUACUAUAAUUUGAAAGGAGAGAUACCAGAAUCAAUAGAAUAUUUUAAGAGAGCAUUGAAAUUAAAUAGAAGCUAUCUUCUGGCAUGGAUAUUACUCGGACAUGAUUAUAUUGAACUUAAAGAUACAAGUGUUGCAAUUGAAUGCUAUAGACGUGCCAUUAGUAUAGAUAAUCGUGAUUAUAGAGCUUGGUAUGGAUUAGGACAGGCCUUUGAAGUGAGAAAAUUACCUAAUGAAGCUGUUUAUUAUUAUCAGAAAGCAACCGAUUUUCGACCCACUGAUGCUAGAAUGUGGAAAGUAUUAGCGACUUGUUAUGGAGCUCUAGGACGAGGAAAUGAUGUUGAAUAUUGUAAUAGAAAGGCUAUCAUUUGUGAAGAUGAAGUAGAUAGCACAGCCACUAUACAAUUGGGUAGAAUAUUUCAAGAAAUGGGGAAAAUACAUGUAGCUAUUCCUUAUUAUCAUAAAAUAUGGGAACAAUCAAACAAAUUAAGUAAUAUAACAGACGAGUUGGCAGAAAUCAGUAUUUGUUUAGCAAAAUUUGCUGUAAAUGAGAGCAAUUUUUCUGAAGCAAAAAAAUAUGCUAAUACUGCAUUAAAUUCGAGAUAUCCUUAUCAUGAAGAAGCGAGACAAAUCUUAGAUAGAAUUUCAGAAAAUUUACACUAAAAAAUUAAUAUUAACGGAGUUUUAUUUAUUUACUUUGUUUUGUUUACUACUAAAAAAGCAUGCUCACAUCAAAAGAACACAAGUUUUUUUUUUUUCUUUUUCUUUCUUCCUUUCUUUCUUUCUUCUUUUUUCU